GCCACGACCUUACUUGAACAGGAUCUGUUCUAUAGGUUGUACAUCUGUUUCCUUGAGUUCUAAGGGAGGCAAGAACUAAAGUCUGGUGGAUGAUUUACUGCCCCGCGACUAGAGCGUGAGUAAUGGCUCUACCGGAUCUUGGUCCGGCGGCUGUGGAGGAUCGUUCUUGGCAUGGCUCGUCCUGCUGGGAUGGUCGCAGGGCGGUCUGACAGACUCCUAAAACUUUUUUUCCCUCCUGGGUUUUCUUUCUUUUUGCUUGUGUUGAAACGAAUCGAAGAAGAUAGGCGUUCGUUUUCUGAAUUUGAUUUGCUUCGUUUUCGUAAUUUUUAGUACAGACACCAUUCCCUUCCAUUCCCAUGUCCUCCGGCGACCUUUUCUGUUCUUCUCCAUCCCUUUUAAGCCCUCUUUUUUACUCUCUUCCCAUUACUUGACAACAACCAUUCACUUCUCACAACCACCAACGCCUUCUCUUCUUCUUCUCCACGCAUCCCGAGACCUUCAUAGGCUGAAGCAAAUCCAUGCUUCUAUCAUUCUCUCAUCUGGGUUCGACACUGUCUCCACCGCCUCCAAGCUCGUACGCCUCUAUGCCCACUUUGACGAUCUUCCCAGUGCCGUCUCUGUUCUCAAUGCCUUCCCUGAACCUGAACCCAUGUUGUGGAACUCGAUCAUCAAGUCUCACGUUGAAUCGGGUUUGUUUGUUUCUGCCCUUUUGUUAUAUAAAAAGAUGAGGGAAUUGGGAGUUGAGCACGAUGGCUUUACGUUUCCGAUGGUGAACCGAAUUAUUAUGUCGAUUCAGCUUGAUGUGGUCUAUGCGGGAAUGGUUCACUGUGUUGGAAUUCGGAUGGGGUUUGGUGCGGAUUUAUAUUUCUGUAAUACAAUGAUGGAAGUUUAUGGGAAAUGUGGGUGUUUGGUUUCUGCUCGUAAUGUGUUCGAUGAAAUGCCUCACAGAGACUUGGUUUCUUGGACAUCGAUGAUUUCGGUGUAUGUUUGUAGGGGUGAUGUUGUUUCUGGUUUGGAUCUUUUUGAGGGAAUGAGGAGGGAGUUGGAGCCGAAUUCGGUGACGAUAAUGGUGAUGGUGCAAGCGUGCUGUGCGACUGGAAAUUUGAGUCUGGGGAUGGGGCGGUCGAGAUCUUCAACCAAAUGCAAGCUGCUGGCUUGAAACCCAGUGUUGGAAUUUUAAAACACUUAAUUGAUGCAUACACCCAUUUGGGUGUUCUGCAAUUGGGGAAAGCAAUACAUUGUUACCUUAUCCGACUCAACGGUUUGGAGAUCUAUAAUACGCAGUUAGGAACAUCUAUCCUUAACAUGUAUGUAAGAUGUGGAAGCUUGGUUUCUGCUAUAAAAUGUUUUGAUUUAAUCUUAAUCAAAGAUGUUGUGGCAUGGACUUCCAUGAUUGAAGGAUAUGGUGCUCAUGGACUAGGUUUCGACGCCCUCAAUCUGUUCCUUCAAAUGAUGAGAGAAGAAGUGACCCCAAAUAAUGUCACUUUCUUAAGUCUGUUAUCUGCUUGCAGCCACUCUGGCCUUGUAAGCGAGGGCUGUCAAAUCUUUUAUUCAAUGAGGUCAAGAUUCAACAUCAACCCUGAUUUAGAACACUAUACUUGUUUUGUUGAUCUUUUGAGUAGAUCAACAAGGGUAAGGGAGGCCUUUGCAAUUAUAUUAAGAAUGACAAAUUUUCGUGAUGGCAGGAUAUGGGGCGCUCUUAUGGGUGCGUGCCGAGUGUAUGAAGACAAUAAAAUCGCUAACUAUGCUGCACACAGGCUUCUUGAAUUAGAACCUGAUAAUGUAGGCUAUUAUACUUUGUUGAGCAAUGCACAGGCUACUGUUGGGCAGUGGCAUGACGUUGAAAAAUUACGAAGUGUUGUGUACGAGAAAGAUCUUGUCAAGAAACCGGGUUGGAGCUUCAUUGAGUUAAAAGGAAUAGUUCAUGGAUUUGUUUCAGGAGAUAGAUCACACGAUAAGACCAAGGAGAUUUAUGAUUUAUUGGUAUCUUAAUAGGAUAAAAUAGGGUAGGAUAUCUGUUUAUCUGAGUAACAAUAAUCGGUCAAGUAGGCCUUCAAUGAAACUUGGAAUUCUUUUGGCAUCUUUAUGCUCCCCAGAUGAAACACGAGCAUAUUGGUUAACCUGCCAUACGACAAUAGCAUGUCAUGAAAUCAUUUGAAAUGAUUGAAAGACUAGUUGGGAGCGAGCAUUUGGACUAUGAAAGAAAUGAGAAGAAUAAAAUAUUCUUUGAAGUUUGAAGCAUGAACAGAUUGAAGGGAGAAAUCUAAUUAGUUUUGAUGGUCAGGUGAUGGUGCUCAGCCCUUAGUGUGAGGUUCUUGGUCUGAGGCAUAGCUUGGAAAGAAACUGGGUUAGGCAGAGCUGAGGUAUUCCUAAUUUACUUUUCUUGGGGGAGGGGGUAAUUAUCCAUUGGACUUCCUUAAGUUGAAGAUCUUGACGAUCUGAUAGUAGAGCAUGUGAGCAGUACAAAUCUGAAAAGAAUUUGGUAUCUAUCUCACUAGUUUGCACCAAAAUUAUUUUGGUGGGGAAGGAUUUAAAGUUUUCCCAGACUGUUGGAAUAUAAAAUUGUGCUUCUCAGUUAGGUUACAAAAUCCCAAUUCAAAUGAAUGAACGACUUUCCUGAACUAAUAUACGACAUAGAAAGAUCCAAAAGGUGGGUUUUAAAUAUGGUUAGAUCAUCACCUGACCCAAAAAAACUUAAAUCAUUAUGUUUGCUCUUUAAAUUCAUUCUUUAAUCACUAUCCCACUUGAUAAA